AGUGACCCACUGCUCUUCAACUUCCUUUCAGCGCAAUUACUGAAAAUUUCCAUUGCGCAAUAAUCGUUUUUUCAUGCAGAUGAUUUACCUGGAGUGAAGAUCUGGAUUAACAGAUGCACUGCAUUAUCUAAAAUACGUUCUGUCCAUUGGGGGUCUGAAACAUACCUCAUCAAAACUAAAGGAAUUGCGGCGAAACCCUAAUACCGAAAGGAUUUUUAAUCGAAGAUGGGUGUUUGUGGAUACUUCGCCGUGUCUCGGAAGUGCCUGGUAGUUCUAUCGCUCAGACUGCUGUUUCUUCUACCCGCAGGAUUGCCAGUGCGCAGCCAAGGGGAUUCCCAAUCCGAUAACAAAGUGAUGGACAAUAUUACUGUCAGACAAGGAGAGACUGUGUUUCUAAGGUGUUCACAGGGUGACGUUGUCACGCAUACGGCCUGGCUAAAUCGGUCAAGUAUACUGUAUGCGGGAGAAGACAAGUGGUCGGUGGAUCCUCGGGUGAGCCUCGUCGUAUUAAACGAAGAGGAGUUCACCAUAAAGAUUGAGAAUGUGGACAUAUCUGACGAAGGCCAGUACAUCUGUGCUGUCCAGACUCGCAGCCGGCCCAGGACUACAUCAGUGCACGUCAUCGUCCAGGUUCCUCCAAAAAUUAUAAAUUUAUCAAAGGACAUAGCAGUGAAUGAAGGCUCCAAUGUGACCCUGAUGUGUUUCGCAAAUGGAAAGCCAGAACCCACAGUCACAUGGAAACUUCUCUCUUCAACUGGUCUUGUCUCGGAGGACGAGUACUUGGAAAUCCCCUCCAUCACCAGGCAGAGGGCAGGAACAUAUGAGUGCACUGCAAUCAAUGAGGUCUCCACAGAUGUUCAAACAGUAGAAUUAACAGUGAACUACCCCCCAUCUGUGACAGAGGGCAGAGAUGUCGGCGUCACUCUUGGCCAGACAGGGGUCCUGCAGUGUGAGGCUGAUGCUGUGCCUGCAGCAGAUUUCGAGUGGUACCGAGAUGACAGAAGGCUCUUCAAUGACUUAGAUAGCAUUGAGAUUGAGGACAAUGGCAAGAUUUCAACCCUGACGUUCUACAAUGUGUCGGAGGUGGACUAUGGCAACUACACCUGCGUUGCCAUCAACAAGCUGGGCAGUGCAAACACAAGCAUGGUUCUGUAUGAAGUUAUUGAGCCCACUAGCUCAACGCUAUUGCAAGCUUUGUCUUCGACGACUGAAAAAACAGUCUUUACUGAAGAAAUGACAACCUCUCUUUUAGAUAUGACAACAUCUGUUAUAGAAAAAACAGCUUCAACAGACUAUGCAAUAUGGGGAGGGCCUGGAGCAGUGCAGGAUGGGAACAGUGGCACCAUGGGAACGCACACCUCAACCUGUCUACUUAUUAUCAUAGGUCUUCAGUUUCUUCUGAAGUUUUGAUGCAAUUGAUUUUCUGAGGGGGCAGUUUCAUUUUUUCCCUGUUUUUUCUCUUACCUGGAACCACAGACUUUUGCACAGGCUACCCUCAUUUCCAAUUCCUAAACUGUAGAGAUGAUGUAACAUAUUAACAGAAUUUUAAAUUUAAGAUCCAAAAUGAUACUGCCCAGUUUUUUGGCUUCAUAUUAA